GUGACUAUUCUACUGGAUGUCAUAAGGUGAAUGCACCAAUUUGUAAGUCGCUCUGGAUAAGAGCGUCUGCUAAAUGACUUAAAUGUAAAUGUACUACUGUCUGUAUCAGUACCAUAGUAAUAUAGUACUACUGUCUGUAUCUGUACCAUAGUAAUAUAGUACUACUGUCUCCAUCAGUACCAUAGUAAUAUAGUACUACUGUCUGUAUCAGUAAUAUAGUACUACUGUCUCCAUCAGUACCAUAGUAAUACAGUACUACUGUCUGUAUCAGUCCCAUAGUAAUAUAGUACUACUGUCUGUAUCAGUCCCAUAGUAAUAUAGUACUACUGUCUGUAUCAGUACCACAGUAAUGUAGUACUACUGUCUCUAUCAGUACCACAGUAAUGUAGUACUACUGUCUGUAUCAGUACCACAGUAAUAUAGUACUACUGUCUGUAUCAGUACCACAGUAAUAUAGUACUACUGUCUGUAUCAGUACCAUAGUAAUAUAGUACUACUGUCUCUAUCAGUACCACAGUAAUGUAGUACUACUGUCUCUAUCAGUACCACAGUAGUACGAUAGACUGUCUACCUCUUAGUCCAUGAGACAUUUUGUAUUUUCAUAUUGUAAAUUAUAUUUUCAACCACAAACCAGAACCAAGUCGUAGAAGAGUGACUUUGAAACAGGGACAUGAAAAUACACACACACACACACGCACACAGAGAGACAGAGAGACAGAGAGACAGACAGACAGACAGACAGACAGACAGACAGACAGACAGACAGACAGACAGACAGACAGACAGACAGACAGACAGACAGACAGACAGACAGACAGACAGACAGACAUUUUGAUUCAGUAGUCGUUUGCUUUGCGGAGUGGCGACGCCCCUCUCUGGUUGCAGUGUGAGCUGAGCGGUCAAGACAGAAUGGCCCUGGGCCCGGCAGUGUGGGUAACAGGACCUUGCCAGACAGUGUGUGUGUUAUUAUUGUAUUCGACUUGGCUUUGGUCCCUGUUACACAUCAAUACAUCUAAUAUAGAGACAACUGUUGAGGUAAUAACUAAGCUAUGGUCCCUGUUACACAUCAAUACAUCUACUAUAGAGACAACUGUUGAGGUAAUAACUAGGCUUUGGUCCCUGUUACACAUCAAUACAUCUAAUAUAGAGACAGCUGUUGAGGUAAUAACUAGGCUUUGGUCCCUGUUACACAUCAAUACAUCUAAUAUAGAGACAGCUGUUGAGGUAAUAACUAGGCUUUGGUCCCUGUUACACAUCAAUACAUCUACUAUAGAGACAACUGUUGAGGUAAUAACUAGGCUUUGGUCCCUGUUACACAUCAAUACAUCUACUAUAGAGACAACUGUUGAGGUAAUAACUAGGCUUUGGUCCCUGUUACACAUCAAUACAUCUACUAUAGAGACAACUGUUGAGGUAAUAACUAGGCUUUGGUCCCUGUUACACAUCAAUACAUCUACUAUAGAGACAACUGUUGAGGUAAUAACUAGGCUUUGGUCCCUGUUACACAUCAAUACAUCUACUAUAGAGACAGCUGUUGAGGUAAUAACUAGGCUAUGGUCCCUGUUACACAUCAAUACAUCUAAUAUAGAGACAGCUGUUGAGGUAAUAACUAGGCUUUGGUCCCUGUUACACAUCAAUACAUCUACUAUAGAGACAGCUGUUGAGGUAAUAACUAGGCUUUGGUCCCUGUUACACAUCAAUACAUCUACUAUAGAGACAGCUGUUGAGGUAAUAACUAGGCUUUGGUCCCUGUUACACAUCAAUACAUCUACUAUAGAGACAGCUGUUGAGGUAAUAACUAGGCUUUGGUCCCUGUUACACAUCAAUACAUCUAAUAUAGAGACAGCUGUUGAGGUAAUAACUAGGCUUUGGUCCCUGUUACACAUCAAUACAUCUACUAUAGAGACAGCUGUUGAGGUAAUAACUAGGCUUUGGUCCCUGUUACACAUCAAUACAUCUACUAUAGAGACAGCUGUUGAGGUAAUAACUAGGCUUUGGUCCCUGUUACACAUCAAUACAUCUACUAUAGAGACAGCUGUUGAGGUAAUAACUAGGCUUUGGUCCCUGUUACACAUCAAUACAUCUACUAUAGAGAAAACGAUUGAGGUAACGACUAGGCAGACUUAGUGGGCAGACUUAAAAUAUUUAGAGCUCAAUGGGUCCUGGUCAACAGUA